CAAAGAAUCGCGCAUGCUGCCAUGUCUGUUCUCUAGCGCGAUCCAGACGACACCGCCACAUUACAGUAACCAAGAUGCGGUCCAUCCCGCGUAUCAUCUCGUCGGUCCUCGUUGCCCUCGUCUAUGUCCAUGCGGUGUCCGUGACGGUGUUCCCGAAUGGCGAGUCCACCGGCGGCGUUCCUCUUGACGUGUUGCCUGAGCAUGUGACUUCCGGACAAACGCUUGCAGCGUACCUGUCGACGUUUGUCGACGUGGAAGGCAUCAUCGUGGAUGCAAAAGACAGUGCCAAAAAGAUCAUUGCCGAUCGCGUCGUGACCGGGAAAGGCGUACAUGUUCAUGCGUACGACGACAUUCAAGACCACGACAACCUGUACCUCAUACCCCCCGACUUUCACUUUGUAUGGCCGUACGUCGAGUUUGGCCAUCGCGUAGCUAUAGAGUCGACCCAGUCCCCCACGGGAAAGCCCAUCGUGCUCGAAUCCUUUAGCGAAUCGCCGCGGGUAUUUUUACUUCACGACUUCUUUACAAGCGACCAAGCGGACGAACUCAUCGAGCGGACUCUCUCCAUCACCACCGCCGAGCAAAAGCUCAAACGGUCUCGAGUUCUCACCAAAGAGGUAUCUUCAGUGCGCACGAGCGACAAUGCGUUCGAUACGACGUCGGACUUGGCCAUUUCGCUCAACAAGCGAUCGUUUGAUUUGCUGCGUCUUGGCGAGUACAAAGUGUCCAUGGCGGAUGGCCUGCAACUCCUUCGGUACCAGCAAAAGCAAGCGUAUAUUCCCCAUAACGACUACUUUGAAGUCGGCUCCACCGUCAACUCGGAGUGGAAUUUCAACCCCAAAACAGGCGGGUCCAACCGCUUUGCAACCGUGUUCAUGUACUUGUCAAAUGUGACACGGGGCGGCCAAACAGUAUUUGUACGAGCCAACAUGCCCGAGGGGGUAGGCCACGCCCCACCUCCGUCCGAAGCAGAACUGGCCAUCUUUCCCCAAGACUCGUGGGAGCAGAAAAUGACGAAACAAUGUUUUUCCAAAUUGGCCUCGUACCCUCAAAAAGCGCACGCUGUGCUCUUUUACAGCCAAAAAGGCAAUGCGGAAUUGGAUCCCAUGGCCGAACACGGUGGCUGCCCUGUCUUGGAAGGCACCAAAUGGUAUGUAAUAUAGAAAUAUUAUAAUGUCAAUGUGAUCGUGAAAUAUUUAUAUUUUUUGGGAGAUUUGGAUAUAUUCAUAUGGGGAUAUGACAGGGGGGCCAACUUGUGGGUGUGGAAUAAGAAGCGACUGAACGGCGAAAGCGGUCCCAUCGGCGCGACCUUUGUGAAUGAAAUGGACGUGCCGCUGGAAUUACACUGGCAAACCAACCUCAUGACGACGCUGGCCCCGCACUCGUCGAUUCAAUACACGUCAUACGCAGGCCACCAAUGGUCGUUUCAUAACCCUGCCACGGGCACGGUCGAGCUGGAGUUGACUUUGCAGGACACUGUGGACGACACCCAGCGCUUUGUCGUCCCUGCUUCGCCCUCCUCCACCACACAACCAAUUCGUCCCAACGACGAGCUAUAAUGAGUAAAUAUUCAUAAUAUGUGUAAAUAUUAUAAUAUAUUGUUGAUAGUGCAA